UUUAAAUUUUUACCUCCUCAAUGAACUAACUAGUUUCACUUUUCAAGAUACUACGAUUGAAUAUUGAAGCAUUAUUUGGACUACUUAUCGUGUACACAGGCACAAAUCAAAGUAAUAAAAAUAAAAAACACACAUCAUUCUAAAAGCAAAAUCAAAAUCGAAAAAUCACUCCUCUCAGAAUCUAAAACAUCGCUAUUUGCUCGCAAGCUAAUUUCUACUUGCUUUUUUGUCUCGAUGCAUCUCAUCUUACAUAACUUUUACGUGUCUGAGGCAAAAAUAGAAUAAUUAUUUAUAGCAAAAAAGACGUGGAGGAGCUAAAUAAUAUGAUGGUACCUACCUAACUCAAUGGUGUAAUUUUAUAUUUUUCUCGAGGGGUUGAACAAAUUCAAUUACAAUAUAUGAACCAUGGUCAUAUUGGUUUUAGAAUUUCUAUGGUAUCGGCGUUUAUUUUUUGAACUUAAAAACUAAAUAUUAAUUAUUAUUGUGGGAAUAGUUUUCUAGUGCUUACACAAUACUAUAUAUCCUCAAAAUUAGAAAAAUUAUAGUUAUCUACGUUAUUUCACCUACAACUGGCCUAACAAUUGGACUGUUUUUAUAAUCAGACAGGGACAAAUGUCCACCCUACCCUUCACAAAUGACACCACUGUAUAAAGUUCUCACGCAAUGCCUUCUAGUGGAAAAAUUAUAACAUUUAUAUUAUGGUUUCCUUGUCCUACCAAAUUAUUCAUAACCUAAAGUUAAAUAUCCCGGUAGAGACAGCUAAUUUAAAUCAUAAAUUUUUUAAUAGGGUCACUAAAAUUGCUCUAUCUUUUAACUAUACACUAUACAUUUAGAAAUACUUAUAUAAAGAAAACCCAUAAAUGCACAUAAACAUAUUUCCUGCAGUAGUCAGUCGACGUGCGUAAGUCAAUAAGAAACAUAAGUCCAUGUUUACAUAAGAUGAAUCCGACGUUCAAACAUUUUUUUAAAGGAGAUUGUACGAACAUAACGAAACCAAGUCCGAUGGAAACAUGUAAUGAUCAUACUUGCACCAUUAAUUUAAACAUUUUAAAGCAAUGCGGUUUUUAUCAAAUAUUUGAUCCAAACAGCAAAAAGAUAUUCGGUUGGAAUGUUUACCGUAUUUCUUUUAUUGCGUUAACCGUGAUAACCCAGUGUUUAAUUGGUUUCGGGAAUUGUGGAUUUUUGUUUGAAUUGGAAGACACUACUGACAACAUUGAUUUAUUUCUGAUCAUAUUCUCUAAUUCAUAUUUUUGCCUUACUGAGUGGAAAGUGGUCAUACUUAUAAUCAACAGGAAAAAAUUUUUGGAGCUUUUGGACGUUACAGAUUUAAUAUUUUUGAAGAGCAAACAGUGUCGUAAUAACAUUAAAAUACUGUGCAAACACCGUAUCAGGGCUUUACAACUUACAAACUUAUAUUUCAUGUUUUGCAUUUUUGUGAUCAUUGAAUGGAUUAUCUUUCCAAUAAUGAUAAACUCAUUCAUAGCGCACAAAACUGAGAAUCGGCGCUUAGAGAACGUUGUAAACAGGCGAUAUCCUGUUGAUGUAAACACUUAUAAUAAGUAUUAUAUUCUGUUUUACGUAUUCGAAAUAAUAAUAGGAGUGAAAACAGUAUACUUAGUAUUGAUGGUCGAUAUAUUAUUAUUGUCUAUCGGUUGGGCGAUAAUUAUUCAAUACGAAGUACUGGCUGAAGCGUUUAAGAACAUCGGGUAUAAUGAAAACCUUCAAAAGGAUCAUGAUCAUGAUGUAGAUGAUUAUAAAUAUUUUAAAUCAAUUUUGUUUGAUCAACAACAACUUGAUUCGAAAGUAAAACUUUAUUUUCCAAUUGUGAAGCCUAUUGUGUUGAUGCAUGUUGCUAUUAAUUCAGUCUUAUUCAUAAUGUUGUCGAACUCAUUCUUAAUGGUUUUCUUAUCAACAGAAUCAUUUACUUAUAAAAUCGUAAACCUAUUCAAGAUCGGCACUGGAAUUUUAUAUAUAUGUUUACAAUUAUUUCUGUAUUGUCAUUUAUUUGAUAAUAUUAACUUAAAAAGAAAAUCUGUCAACCUUGGAAUAUAUUCUUGUAAUUGGACGAAGAUGGAUUUAAAAUUUAAAAAGUUAUUAUUAUUAACCAUGCAGAUCAAUGACGCUAAUUAUAUAACGAUUAAAGCUUCGACAAAAACAAUUGUCAAUUUACCAAUAUUUGCUAACGUUUUAAUGACGUCUUACAACAUUGUAUCCGUCAUGGUAAAAACAAUGAGUAAAUAUAGAAAGACAUAAGUAACCAUACAAAUACACAAUAGAUUAUCAACUAUUUUGUCUUAUUAACAGUUUCAAUAUUUAUAUAGAAGUAUAGAACAUUAAAAAAUAUUAUGUAAUUCACCUAUAUGGAAAUAUUCUUUCAUCUCACCUAUAUUUAAAAAAGGAGACAAAUCUCUAGUCACUAAUUAUCGACCAAUCUCUAACAUUUCUAUACUUCCUAAAAUUUUUUCUAAACUGGUUAAAAAAAUUAUUUUCCCCCUAUGUGGUCAUAUUCUUAUUAAUGAACAACAUGGCUUUCGUCCUAAGCGUUCAACAAUUACUAUUUUAUGUUUAUUUAAACAAUCAAUUUUAGAUUCAUUUGUAGAUAAAGCUCAAAUAGACGUAAUUUAUACGGAUUUUGAAAAGGAAUUCGAUAGGGUUAACCAUUCUUUAUUAAUUUAUAAACUAAAACUAUAUGGGUUUAGUGAUCCUUUACUUUCUUGGCUUAACUCAUUCCUAAUAAAUCGUAUACAAGUUGUUAAAUACAAAAAUUUUAUAUCUAAUUCAAUAAAUGUAUUAUCAGGUGUUCCCCAAGGUGACCACCUAUCUCCAUUACUUUUUUCUUUUUUCAUUAACGAUAUUAAUAAAGUUCUAAAUUUCUCAAAAUGUCUAUUAUUUGCUGAUGACACUAAAAUAUUUAAAAAAAUAAAGUGUAUUGAUGAUUCAUUGGAACUUCAAGCCGACUUAGAUAAUAUUUAUAAAUGGUGUAUCUAUAAUGGAAUGUCCUUAAAUAUUGAUAAAUGCUCCGUUAUUUCGUAAUCUUUAAAAAAAAAUACUAUACUUUAUAAUUAUGUUUUACAUAAUACAAAUCUAACACGUAAAUAUAUUAUUGAAGACCUAGGAGUUUCAUUUGACACAAAAUUAUCUUUUAGCAAUCAUGUUAAUUCUAUUCGAAAUAAAUCAUAUAUGAAGUUGGGAUUAUUAAAACUUAUGUGUUUUCAACGAUAGUUCAGCUUUAAAAAUAUUAUAUUAUUCCUUAGUACUCUUCCAUAUUGACUAUGCCUCUUUAAUUUGGCACUCUGAUAGCAUUUGUCAAAACCAGAGUCUAUCUAGUAUACAAAAUAAUUUUUUGAGAUAUUUAUCUUUUAAAUGUCAUUUUGAAAGACGUCCUCAUUUUGGGUAUAUUAAUUUUAGUAUUUUUUUUAAUAUUGCUCCUUUAAAUAGUAGAUUUAAAAUGUUAAAUUUAAAAUUUCUUUUUGAACUAUUACAUAAUUUAAUUGACUGCCCAGAACUUUUAGAGCGUAUUAAUUUCAAUGUAAAUAUAAAAAAUUCAAGAAAUAAAUAUCUUUUUUAUUUAUCAAUUAUUAAAACUAACUACAUGUCAUACUACCCUGCUAUUAUAUUAAUGUCAUGUGGUAACUUUUUUAACAACUUGGACCUGUUCAAUAUGACUCUUAGCUCUUUGAAUUGUUAUUUUUAGAUUAUUACCUACUAUUAUAUUUAAUUUAAUCGAACUGUUAUAUAAUCAAUUGUCUAACUUUUAAUUUCUAUAUAUAUUAUAUUUUUUUCUUAUUUUUCUCUCGUUCUUAUAUCAUUUGUUUUAACUUUUUAGUAUAACACACACCUAUGAAACUGUCAUUAUUUUUAUUAUUGUAAAUUGGAAAUUUUAUUCCGUUAAUAAAAUAAAAUAUUAUUAUUAUA